AUGGUCGACGAAGACAAACCCCAAACUCUCAAGUCCGUCUUCGCCUCGGCUGAAAAGAAGCGCCUCGUCCUCGAGAACUCGUACGAGGCCUCCUCGCCGACAUUCCUUGACGACCUCCGCAACGCCAUCUCCGAGUACGAGACCUGCCUCGACCUCGUCUCCCGCGCCGCCCUCUUCUCUCCCAACGAGUCCCUAGAGGACCUCUCCACCUCCUCCCUCGCCUACCUCCUCAUCACCGCCCACCUCGCCGAGCUGCACCAGAAGCUUCCCUCGCGCCGCCCCAUCGAGCGGCGCGUCGCCCUCGAACGCGCCCGCGAGUCCUACGAGACCUUCCUCGGGGCCCUCGACUCCUACGACCUGCUCUCCCCGCAGCAAAAGACCCUCUACAGCCACUACACCGACGAGCCCCUCACCUUCACGACCUUCGGCACCAACGACCCAGCCAAGCGCCGCGAGGCCAAGAUCGCAAACUUCAAAUCCGAACGCGCCCUCCGCGAGCGGCUUGACACGCUGCGCCGGAACCCGCGGUACCAGAACGAGGACGGUGAUGACGAGGUUGUCCGCGACCUUCACCUCGCCCACAUUGCGUAUGCGGCGCACAUGGCCUUCCAGGGCCUGGAAGGCAUCAACCGCGAGCUCGAGGUCCUAGCCCAGGCCUCCGUGCCCCUGAUGCCGUCCCCAACGUCCGUGGAGGAGGAUGAGCGACGCCGCGCGGCGGAGCGUGGCUCGGACGGCUAUAGCGAUCGUCUCGAGGCCCCGCGCCGGCUGCAAAGCCUGUUCGGUCAGCGGGGAGGUCCGAUAUUGUCCAAGGACGGCAAGCCCCUGCAGCCCUUCACACUCGUUGGAAACCGGGCGCAGAUGACCGCGGACGUGUUCCGGCCGGGCCACAACCUGCCGACGAUGAGCAUUGACGAGUACCUCGAGGUGGAGCGUGAGCGGGGAGGCAUAAUCGAGGGUGGCGGUGACGCAAGCUGGCACCGGCCGGAGCCGAACGAAGACGAUUUUGACAAGGCGGAUGAGGAGACGAUGAAGGCAAGAGCGUGGGAUGAGUUUGUUGAAGCAAACCCCAAGGGUUCGGGCAACACGCUGAACAGGGGUUGA